CGCACGCACGCACGCACCACCGCCGCGCGAGCCACGCUUCCACCCACCCGCGGCGCGCCCCCAUUUCUCUCGCCUCUUCUCCGCUCCGCAUCGGCAUCGGGCAUCGGCAUCGCCGACCCAGCCGGGAUUUCGGCCCCGCCGAGCGCCGAACCCUAGAUCUCAUCGCCCGCACGCCAUGUCCAAGGCCUGGGGCGGGCUCGGCGGCGCGGGCGCGUGGGCGCUGGACGCCGAGCGCGCCGAGGAGGAGGAGCGGGAGAACGCCGCCGGGGCCGCCGCCUUCCCGGCGGCGGCGCCCGAGCCCCCCUUGGCGGCUGGUGGGGCGGCCAGCUUCCCCAGCCUCCGCGAGUCGGCCGCCGCCGGGGGCGGCAAGUCCAAGAAGAAGAAGGGGACCACCCUGUCGCUCUCCGAGUUCACCACCUACGGCGCCUCCGGGAGGCGCGCCGCGGCGGCGGCGGAGCCCAAGGGGCUCACGCCGCAGGAGAUGAUGAUGCUGCCCACGGGGCCCAGGGAGCGGUCCGCGGAGGAGCUCGAUCGGUCCCGCCUCGGCGGCGGGUUCCGCUCCUACGGCGGCGGAGGGGAGCGACGCGGGUUCGACGACGACGGACGACGCGGCGGCGGACCGGGGAGGGACGCGGAUCUCGACCUGCCCUCACGCGCCGACGAGUCGGGCAACUGGUCGCUGAACAAGAAGUCGUUCGCGCCGUCUCCCGUCGACUCCGGCGCUCGGAACAGGUACGGAUCCCUUGGGGGUGGCGCCGCCGCUUCUUCCUUCGGCCGCGCCGAUGACGACGGCGACUGGUCGCGCGGGAAGAAGCCAAUGCCGUCCCGCUACCCGAGCCUCGGCUCUGGCAGUGGCUGUGGCUUCCGCGACUCGCCUACCUCGGCUGACUCCGACCGCUGGUCCCGUGCCGCUCCGGCUCCGCAAAACGGCGAGCGCGAGCGGCCACGCCUCGUGCUCGAUCCGCCCAAGCGGGAUGCCUCGGCCACCCCUGCGCCUCCUCCUGCCGAGGCAGCACGCAGCCGGCCAAGCCCAUUUGGGGCAGCGAGGCCCCGCGAAGACGUGCUUGCUGAAAAAGGGCUGGACUGGAGGAAGAUGGAGACAGAGAUUGAUCAUAAGACUAGCCGUCCAACCAGUUCACAGUCUAGUAGGCCAGGAAGUGCGCACUCAUCACGACCUGGGAGCCCUGGGUCACAGGCAUCAGCCGUGGGUAGUGAAGGUGUGCCGAGAACGCGGCCAAAGGUUAAUCCUUUCGGGGAGGCGAAGCCAAGAGAGGUUGUUCUUCAGGAGAAAGGCAAGGACUGGAGGAAGAUUGACCUCGAAUUGGAGCAUCGCGGAAUUGAUAGACCAGAGACAAAUGAAGAGAAGUUGUUGAAAGAAGAGAUUGACCUGCUUAGAGUGGAUUUGAAAGACACUGAAACAAAUAUAAGUGAAGAGGAGAAAAAAGGUUUAUCAGAGAAGUUAUCCCAGAUGGAAAGGGAACUGAAGCGCCUUACAGUUGAGUUGGACGACAAGGCUCGAUUUGGGCAAAGACCUGGUUCUGGAUCUGGCAAAGUUACUGCACAAUUACCAACUAACUCAGCAGAGGAAUCUCACAUUACAGAGUCAAUGGAACAGCCACGUUCCCAUAGUAAUAUAGACCAAAAUCAGAAACCAGUUGAAGAAAGGUGGGGAUUUCAGGGCAACAGGGACAGAGGCUCAUUUGGUGGUAACAGAAGUUCAGACAGGUCGUUGACAGGGCAGAGAUGGUGAGCCCAUCCUCGGUUUUGGCAUAUUGAGCACUUCAAUCCUCGGACUGAACUUUUUUCUUUUCUUUUUUCCUGUUUUAAACAUGGGACAAAUAAGUUGUCACGUUCUUGUUGCUGCUUGACUCCCAUUUUGUUUGCCUUGGAAGAGUAGGAGGGGGAUAAUGGACAGUACCUUGCAGGCUCGCACAAGGGUCCAAACUGUAUUGCCACCUCUAUGGCGGUGCUUCGGUUUCCUUUUUUUUCUUCUUCUCUUCAUUUCCAUUUGCCCCUCUCUUCCAUGUCAAAACAGUUGUUACCAAAACUUGAUACACUAACUAUUUGUUCUUGCU